AACCGAUUUAAAAGUCAGUGACAGUGCAUGCGAGCCUGUCGUGUGCAACAUGGACGACGAUGGGCUGCCGAUUAUCGGGCACGGCGUUGAUUAUACCAAGGUCCCACCGAUCCAACAGAAGCGGACUCUAGCUUUUCUCAACUAUUUCCUAACAAGGACGACUUCGUUUCUCAAUCAUUUCGCAACUGUCUGUGAUGAGAAACUGGAAGACCUACUCGUCAGAAUACAGCGACUGGAAGCAUCUAUGUGCAUCUUAGAGGCGAAACUUUCUUCAAUUCCUGGCCUCGAGAAUGUAACAACCAGUGCAACUGAAGCCAAGCCGGAGGCGAAUGAUCAGCAGACUACAACGCAGGCCACGGCUGGACAGAGCCAGUCAAACCAGCCACAGGCAAAUGGUCCCACAACUGACACAAAAGCUGAACCCCUCCAGGCAGCAGCCACUGCAACACAGCCUCCAGCUGCACCAACAAACACGGUCUCCAAGGAUCCUAGGUUUUCAAAGUACUUCAAGAUGCUCAACUUUGGUAUUCCUCUGGGUGCUGUUCAAAUCAAGAUGCGGCAAGAAAAUGUGGAUCCCAGCAUAUUAGACAAUCCUGAUGCACCAGCACCCCCGGGUGCUCCAACUUCUCCCUGUCCCGCUGACGACGACAGCUCCGACGACAGUAGCCUGAGCAACUGAUGCGACAAAUUUGUGCACCGGCACCCACAUUCCAUGCAGAGUGGCGAACCUGCACCUUGGUACAUCCUCGCCACACUUGUAUUCAUGCCAAAGCAAGCCGCCGUGCUCAAAGAAGACAUUCAGCUAGCUUCAAAGCACCUGUGAAGAAGCCUUACAGGGAGCCAGUGUCACCGCAACUUGCUGCAAUGUGGUGUUACGGCACGUAACACUCGCCGUUACUUGACAAAAGUGUGCUGCAGUCUUUGGGGCUGUGUGCCCAUGCUGAUCAAUAUUGUGACCUUAAGUGUCACUUGCAGUCACAGUCGCUCUUUGUGUCAGUUCAGGCAGCUUAGUGUGCAAGGAAUAUUUGUGUUGGCCAAAAGAUCUUUCAGGAGGGUCGCAGGGUAGAUGGUAGCAAUCUAAAUACUGAACUGUGGGAGGGUACUCGUACUAGCAGCUUCACAGAUGUUCAUGAAUGGAUGGGAUGCACUGGAAUAAUUGAGACAAUAACCAUAGUUUUUAUAGUUGAAUGUUGAGACUCGUAAACAGCUACGGGCAUGCAGGAAGAGUGCAGAUGCUCUUUUGGGUGAAUGAAGUGUUGUUGGUGCAGGCCAGUACAGCUCUGUGAAUUGGCAUCAAAGCAGUCUUGUUGGCUUCCUGAAUCUGGUAUUGAAAGAGAUUACAGGGUGUGAUGCUGUUGUUUCAUUUCUCUGCGCCACUGGCUUGUACCUGCUGCUUUGUGAAGCAGCAAUGCGCGAUGCGUGUAUGCUUUAGAAAUGUUUUGUAAUAGUAAUAGUGUUGAUGGCUUGCUCGUGGAUUCAUUUCCUGCCCGUGUCGGUGCACUUUGGGGUAGUUGGUACUUUUGCACAAGAAGGGGAGGCCCGUUAACAUUCCUCUAACAGAAAGUGUAUUGUCUGUGCAUGCAGACCCAGUCUUCCGAGUGAUUUCAUAUUACAAGUGCAAAACUAAGCACAAAUUGUACGUCAUAUAGUUGCUUGUGCCGUAUACAUUCAUUAGAGAGUUUUAGAAACAGCAUAGUGAAGCGACUUUGUGUACGCAAAGACCCAACCUUCAUUGUAGGCCCUUUGCAUUCUUUUGUAAGCGUGGUGGUCUGCGUCUCCUAACUUUGGGUGCACAAUAUCUAAAACUUCCUAUUGUCUGUAACCUAAAGUGAUGCUUGGCUGUUAUGUUCCUGUGUUACUGAACCAUAUACGACUUAUUAUUUUUUUAUUGCCCCCUUUCUUUUGGCUGCGUGGAAGUUCCAAGCCACUGCACUGAAAGGGAUGUUUGAUGCUUUCUUCAGAAGGGGUGUGACUGUUCGCUGAAACAGUGAGAAAUGUGAUGGCAUAGCCACCACAUGCCGAAGUGUUGCAUGAAGCAUCCCAAUGUGACACCGACUUUUAAAGUUCCUCUUUCGUCCUUGCUUUCAGCAUGUAAAUGAAAAAUACUCUUGUGUUUGUAUGGGUGGACACUUUGGAUGGAGCCGAAAUCGUGGCUCCUUCAAUUAUUGUGAUCCUCGCAGUAGCGUUUCGAUCACCAAGUUUCUUGUGUAUCGGCAUGUUUUCAGCGGUAGCAGGCAGACAGUUGAAAUGUUUGCAAGUUUCUCUAGUCCAUGUUGUUCGUCCCCGUUUCUUGCUUUUCAUGAGUAGAUAGCAUGUCUAAAAUCGCCUGCCAUGUAGAAUCCCAGCAUAACUAUUUAGCAUGAUGACGUGGAACCGCAUUAAAAGCUCGUCAACUCUGUUUUUUUUUAUCUAUAGUUUCUUGCUGUUCAUGACUGCGUGCUGUCAAAAUUACCUGCAUGCCGCAGUAAAAUUCAUGAUUUGGGUAUUUAUCAAGGUUGUAAGGAGCCACUACAUGAAAUGCUUCUUAAUCUUAACCUGCUCGAAGUGCAAAGCAGCAAGAACAGUGUAUUUGUGCUGUAGCAUUUGAUGUCAAAACGUGAAGGAUUGAGUCAUCUGACCUUUUGCAUCUCGCACGUAAUCUGUGCAGAAGCUGUAGUAUUCGUCAAUUCAUUCUAAUGGUGCAAUGCUUGGAAACUUCUGGAUUUCCAGAGUAGAGCAAACCCCGCACCCUCCAUCACCGUGUGAUUUUUAUUUUAUUUAUUUAACAAUACUGUUGGCCGAAGGCAUUGGUGGCAUUGGUGCGUCUUGAACUCCUUUGUUCAUAGAAUCGCGUUUAUUCGCAGUCAGGCACAUGGUAGUGUGCAGGUCACACUUGAAGCACUUUCCGCUUAUGUGCGAUUCCCAUGGCAUUAAUUGCAUUGCACAUUUCGUACUGAAUGAAAAUGAGACGUGGAACAGGAAAUUACAACACGUAGGCAUUCUUUUCUCGGCUAUGAUUAACUGUAGUGCGUCUACCUGCCUUGUUAGCCUGAUCAUUUUGCUUCUGCACUAAUGCUGUUACUGUCACACUCGUAAGGUACCGGCGUUUUUUAAUUUAACAGCCAUGUCAUGUCGAACUAAUUGGUGUGUUUACAAGAAACAGCCGGAAAGUCCAAAUAAUUCGGAUUUUCUGUUAUAGACAGGGUAGAAUCAGCACACUUGUACUGCACGAAGAGUCAAGAAGCAUUUGGGACAGAAAAUUCCAAGGUUAUCUUGAGAAUGUAUGGCAUACUACGUAGUUAGAUGCUAUCCUCUGAUGCCCAUUUCUGAAGAUUAUCAUCUACUACUUAACACAUGUAUGUACAUUGAAAUAAUUUAUUUGAUUGUGCAAAAUAAAGGUGUGUACUUCCGUUCUGUGUACCUAGGAUGACGUAGCAGUACUAAUAAAACUCCACUGUGUUUAUUUUUCCCAUAGUGCUGUAUGGAAAAGAAAAAAAAUACUACUUGUCGUAAAGUCAAGUUUGCGCUGUGUUCCCACAAGGAUUAUCAUGUCAUAUGCCACGCCUUCUGUGUUAGCAGUUCCCAGUAAAAAAAAAAGCUCCGUUUUGGCACUUGUAUUAUUGCAAGCCCUCACUAUUUAUAUUUUUCAAUCAGUAUGCUGAUUAGUAUGAUUAGUAUGCUGAUCAGUAUGCUGCAUUUCACUUGCUUCAUGCUCAAGCACAUGUACACUUUUAUUUCUUACGUCCACAGUUCAUCGUCGUGAUGCACUACGCUUUUGACUUCACAGGCAAAUCUGCGAGCCGUUGGGUUCUCCAUGGCACCCACAAUUUUCAGUUGCCAACGCUGAUUGUUGAGAAUGCUUGUUCACAGCUUCUAGCAACACUUCAUUAAUGCUGUGUGACAUUGGGUCCUGCAGAGCAGACUUUAGUUUUGCAUUGUUACGAACAGCGCAUAAUGGGAGACAAUAACACGUCUUCCAUGUUUUCAUCUGCCGUUAUGCGCUGUUUGUAAUUAUGCAAAACCAACUCGGCCAAGAUUGCACCUUUACAGACUUUAGUAGUGUUGAAUAAACUUAUUUCAUUGCCUGUGGUAACGUAUUUGAAACACCAUUACAUGGCAACAAUAUAUCAACUUUCAAAAAAAUUCUCUUUAAUGCUUUCAAGGUCUUGAAGAUAAUCUUUGAGACAAACUAGCAUUAAAAUCAAAUCACGUUCGUGGACUGUUGCUAUCAUCUCUUGCCCAAAUUUUACAACAUGUACAAGGUUGAUUGUCUCGAGUUUCAUGAUGAUCCACUUAACACUGCAGCAAAAGCAAUGCUGUUACGUGAGGACUUUGUGGCUAAGCCCUCAGCAAAGCGAAUUGGAAUGCGUGCACUAUUUAUUAACCCCAUAGCUGACAAAUGAUUCCAGCUCCAUACUCCAUUGAGGGCACUUUCGUAUGAAAUUCAGUGUCGUACCUCGCAUGUUUAGUCACUUGAUUUCUGAAUGUGCCUGUUCAUAUGCGAAGCUGUUUCUUUUUCCCACUUUGUUUACACUAGACCAAGGGCUGGAGCCGUUUGUGAUAUGUGAAGGCAUUGUGAUAUACUGGUAGCUUGGUGAAGUCUGUAUUUGUAUUCGCCUGCAUUUUACAAGACAAUGUGAAGCAGGUGAAUGGGCUGUUUGCAGUUAUGUAAUGUAUAAAGAAUACAUAUCAUUGGAUAAACUGGACUUGUAUUUGUCAAUAAAUGGGCGGGAAAUCUG